AAUUAUAUAGAUUUGGAUCGACAACGAGCAAUGUCUACUGUGGUGAACAAGGAAACGGAGUGUCCAAAUCUUAUUCACGAUCAUGUAGAUCAUACAAGCCAUGAUUCGCUUAAUGUUGAAGAUGUUGAAACAAAUGAUUGUGAAUCCCAAGGUUUUGUUGCUUCAAUAGGUCAAAUGGCCAAGAGAAAGAGAACAAGUAAGUUAGCUGCUAGAGUUGCUACAGCCUUGCAAGUGAAUGAAGCAGCAAAUACAAAGCCGACGGAGGAAAACUUGAAUCAAGAAGAAGAGCAACAAGGAAACGGAGCCUCGACUCAUUCAGAUGUACUAGGGUGCAAUACAGAAACUCAAGCUACAAGCCAGACAAGGGGAAGAGGUAAUAGAGGGAAGUAUAAGAGUUACGUCGUUGAUAUGAAAAUUAAAGGGAAAGGUUCAAAACUAACUAUUGAGAUUCCGGAUGAAAUUGAUCGAGCAAUUGGAGAAAAUGCAAGACACUUGGUGAACGAGUGUGGGCGUAUUGUGAGGACAAAAGCUCCGUUGCAUGUUAAAAGCUGGAAAGAAGCAUUUUCAAUUGCUGGUGAAAGCAUGUGGAAAGAGAUACAGGUAAUAUAUGCAUAUCUUCAUAUUCUUAGAUUGUUUGGUUGGUAAUACCUCGUGCCUAUUUUAUGUAUGCGCGCACCCAUUACAUUUCCUUUAUUUAGUUAGGCCAUGCAUUUCAAAUCUUGUACACGUGUUGAAAAUAUUUGGCUGAAUAAAAUGUUGAAUUCUGUCAUGUAGGACAA